AUGUUAGAUGGAAUUAUGAAGAAAUUGCACGAAGAUGUGGUGAUUCACAUUCUUUUAGAGUUGCCAGUGAAAUCUCUGAUGCGAUUCAAGAGCAUUUCUAAAAUUUUGUACACUCUCAUACAUUGCUCCAUUUUCAUCAAUCUUCAUCGCAACCGCAGAAGAAACACAAAAGAUGAAUUGCUUAUCUUAAAGCGACCCAUCUUUCUAGAUGAAAACCUAUAUAAAAAUAUAUUGUAUUUUCUUUCCAGUAACGAUAACGAUGAUAAUGAUGAUACCCUAAAGCACGUUUCUCCAGAAAUAGAUGUACCAUAUUUUGACACUGAUUUUUGUGUUCAAUUUCAACAGCUCCUUGGUUCUUCUCAUGGUUUGAUUGCUUUGACAGAUUUUGAAGACAUCAUUUUUCUAAAUCCUACUACUAGAAAAUAUAGACUUCUCCCACACAGCCCUUUUAGGUGUCCAAAAGAUUUCGUUUAUGUCACCAGAGGUCUUGGUUUUGGAUAUGACUCAAUCGAAAAAGAUUACAAGGUAGUCAGGUUUUAUGAACUGUCUUCGGAACCUUAUGAUAGGGAUUUUGAAGCGAGACAUAGCAGAGUUGAGGUUUAUGAUUUUUGCACAGAUACUUGGAGGUGGGUCAUUCCUACAGUAAAGUUGUUGCCCAGGGUGCAUCGCUAUGUUAGUUCCGAAGCCUUUUUUAGUGGAGCCUGUCAUUGGACUGCACAGGAUGAUGAUGCAGUGCCCAUCGUUCUCUGCUUUCACUUAACCACCGAAUCUUUUCGCAACAUAAAAUUGCCUGAUACUUGUUAUUUCUAUGACAAUAAAGGUUAUGGGCUCACAGUUUGUCAAAACUCUCUAACCUUAAUUUGUUACCCACAUCCAAAAUGCCAUAUUGAACCAGGACAAGAGUUCACAGAUAUUUGGUUCAUAAAGGAGUAUGGUGAAGAUGAGACAUGGAUUAAGAAAUAUACAAUCAGACCUCUUCCCAUUGAAUCCUCGUUUGCAAUUUGGAAGGAUCAUGUAUUACUUUUUCAAACCGGAACUGGAACUUUGAGUUCCUAUGAUAUUCAUUCCGAUCAAAUCAACGAAUUCGGUUACCAAGCUAAUCGUGGUAGUUUGAGACUUCUAGUAUACAACGAAGCCCUCACUAUAAUUCCAAGAGAAAGCAACGAAGCUACACAAGUUCUAAAUUUUUGA